AAUAAUAAUAAUAAUAAUAAUAAUAAUAAUAAAAAUUUAUGUUUAUUGACACCCUAAUUUUUCCUUUCUCUCUAUAUUCUAAUUUAUUGGCCAUUGUGAUCAUGACGGAGCCACUCCUCGAAUCGAAGCCAAAAAGGAACCGGAACCUGUUUGCAGCCGGUCUCCCCGGCAACGGUGCCUGUGUUGCCGGGCAACGGUUGCCGGGGGCGACCGUUCUGCCUGGCGACAGAGGCCAAGAAGGCCUCUGUGCAGGCCGGACGGUCAGUUGAGCCAUGGCUUCGACUUCGGUGGUCAUAUCUCCGGAGGACGGAGCUGCGGCCGGACCUUCGGCCACUUAUUCCUAUUAUAGCCGGCCUCGGGCUUUGGCCGCCCGGAAAAGGUACCGGUCAUCCCUGGACACCACCGAGAACCAGGAGGAGGAGCCAAUCCGAUAUGCCAACCUCAUGUAUGAACGGAGAGUCGUUCGGGGGAACACGUAUGCGCUCCACAUAUUGCCAUGGACGGGCGAACCCGACCCGCUCGAGCUCCAACGGCGCCGGGAGGCCCACCGGAAAGCCCUGGCCCGGAAGAGAGCCAAGGAGCAGCUCCGGACGCGGACACCCGACCCCUUGGAGGGUCGGCGCCACGUCGAUGUCCAGACAGAGCUGUACCUGGAGGAACUCGCUGACCGCAUCAUCGAGGUGGACGUCGAGUGCCAGACGGACGCGUUCCUGGACAGGCCGGCCACCCCGCUUUUCAUUCCCGCCAAGACCGGCAGAGAUAUGGCGACGCAGAUCUGGGAAGGAGAUCUUUUCGACUUCGACAUCGAGGUCCGCCCCAUGCUGGAGGUCCUGGUGGGCAAGACCAUCGAGCAGGCCUUGCUGGAGGUCAUGGAGGAGGAGGAGCUGGCCAACAUGCGGGCCCAUCAGAACGCCUACCUGGAGCUGCGCUGUGCCGAACUCGCCGAGGUCCAGCGCCUCGAGGAGCAGGAGCGGCGUCACCGGGAGGAGAAAGAACGCCGCCGGCAGCAGCAGAUGCAGAUCCUGAAGCUGGAGAAGGAGACCUCGGAAAGGAUCGCCGCCCGGGCCUUUGCUCAGCGGUAUUUGUCCGACCUGAUUCCUUCCAUUUUCGGGAGUUUGAGGACCAGCGGAUACUUCUUCGACCCGGUGGAACGAGAUACCGAGACCGGUUUCCUCCCGUUUGCGAUGGAGAAUGUCGAAGAAUCCAUCGAGAAGAAAGUCCUGGGCCGGAUCCUGGCCGACAACUUAAUCCGCGACGUGACCCAGCUCCGGCUGGACUCCUUCGAACAGAAGGUGCUACUCAUCCCUCGCGAACCGGUGGUCGUCCCGCCGCCCGAACCCGACGUGGAGCCCAAACCGUCGGGUGAAGCGCUCGUUGUUGAAUCCGCGGUCGAGGAAGAAGUGUUGACCCAACCCGUUCAGCCAGAAUCCUCAGAUCAGGCCGAAGCUCCCGGUCAGACAGAACCUUCGGAGCAGGCGGAAGCUUCCGGACAACCGGAGUCUGCAGGCGAGGUGGAAAUCGCAGUCGGAACGGACCCUCCCGAGCAACUGGACGUCCCGGAUUCGAGCAAAGCCGAAGCAGAAACGGAAAUCAAAGACCCCGAACCGCAAUGAUGGCCACGUCAAUCAGGGAAUUCAUCUGAGAAGAUUGUUGACACGUCGAGGGAGGGGUAAAAAAAAAGAAAGAAAAUCGGAUCUCGUUUAGUGGGCAAGUAAUAAACCGAAAGCUAUGUUUUUUUCUGAAACACGUCCGAGGUCUUACACUCUUAUUUUGAAAAUUCUGUGUAAACAACUAUAUAAAAUUUAAGGUUUUUUUAAAAAAUAGUUUUCGAAAGUUUUCGAAAGUGUUAGAGUUUUCAGAAGUUUUCGAAAGUUUUCGAAUUUUUUUGAAAGUUUUUGAGUUUUUGAAAUUUUUCGGAAGUUUUUGAAAUUUUUCAGAAGUUUUUGAAAUUUUUCGAAAGUUUUUGAAAUUUUUCAAAAGUUUUUGAAAGUUUUUGAAAUUUUUCAAAAUUUUUCGCAAGUUAGUUCCGAGUUAAAAUUUGGUCACGGUCCAUUUCGAUUCGCAUCCCAUUCAAAUCGUCGGGAUCCCAUUACGAUGCCUUUGUUUUCAGUAGAAAAUCAUUUCGCCGUUUUUCCAUGCAGUUCAUGAAUCCUCGUUUUGAAAUAUUCCAUUUUUAUUGUAUGUUAUGCAAUUUUAUAUACGUAAAAUAUAUCUAUUUACAGUUGAAUAGCCAGAGAGCAAGAAUAGUCUUAAAAUAAGUAGGUUCUGUUUGCGGUUUGCCAGUUGGAAUGGUUUACACAUAUAACUCUAACUCUCUCUCUCUCUAUAUAUAUAUAUAUACAAACUACGAUAUAUAUAUCGUUGUUUUGAAUUUUAUACAUAUGGUUCUUUAAGCAGAUUGGAAAUUUUUAUGUGAAAUUGCAUCCAAAAAUCUGCUUUUAUGGAAGCGUUGUUAAAUCGAGUUGGACAUGUUCUGUUUCUGGUUUGCGUCCCGGUUUUAUGUGUGUUUAGCUGUAAACUUAAUGAUAGCCACAUAAAUGUAUAGUUACAUACAAUAUAUAAGGAUAUUUAGGAGAAAAUUUCACCGACGGAGAGGCCCGAUUUGUAUUUGUGACUUCGGCAAAAUGGAAAAAACGCGUUUCCCGAUUUGUUCAGAAUAUUUCGCAUUUUUAAUUUAACCCAACUCGCAUUUCGGUGACGGGAAUGUUAGUUUCCCAACCAGUCCAAAAUUCGAUAAUGGUAAUUAGAAGUUUUAAGAGAAAACGCCACCGAUUGAGAAGUCCGAUUUGUAUUCGUGACUUCGGCAAAAUGGAAAAAAAGCUUUUCCCGAUUCAUUCAGAAUAUUCCGCAUUUUUAAAUUUAAGCGCAACGCGCAUUUCGGUGACAGGAAUGUUAGUUUUCCAACCAAAAUUUGACAAUGGUAAACAGAACUUUGGGCAGAAAAUGUCACCCAUUGAGAAGUCCGAUUUGUAUUCGUGACUUCAGCAAAAAGGAAAAAACAUGUUUCCCGAUUUGUUCAGAAUAUUCCGCAUUUUAAAAUUUAAGUACCACGCGCAUUUUGGUAACCGAAAUGUUAACUUCCCAACCAGCCCAAAAUUUGACAAUAGUAAAGAGAACUUUGGGCAGAAAAUGUCACCCAUUGAGAAGUCCGAUUUGUAUUCGUGACUUUGGCAAAAUGGAAAAAAAUGCGUUUCCUGAUUCGUUCCGAAUAUUCUGCAUUUUUUAUUUAAGCGCAACUCGCGUUUCUUCCUGGUUUCGGUGAUAGAAAUGUUAGUUUCCUAACCAAAUUUGACAACCCAUAAAAAAAAAUCAAAGCGUUCGGUUACAGCUUUUUAAUGGGGUUGCGGACUUCCGUGUAUUCGGAAAACUCUGAAGAUCGUAUCCGGUGACCUUGUGUCAAUUUAAAAAUUGGAGAUUUAUUGCUUCCAUACCACUUCUACAUUACGAAUCUCUUGAAGUUACUGUAAGUUGUAUUGCCGUUUGUUUUGUUUCUGAUUCUAUGUUCCGCUGGUUCCGAAAAGCUCGGGCGGCGGAAGAAUACGAGCUCGUUUUUCCCCAAUCAACAUUUCAAAUGCUCCUAUAUAUAUAUAUAUAUAUAUAUAUAUAUAUAUAUAUAUAUAAAAUUUCAUAAUGGAGCAUGCCAAUGUGUGAUUUGGGACAUAGCCAGUGGUGAUGACUCUUACCAUUUUUCCGUAUUCCCAAUGUACCAAACGACCAAAUCCGUUGUCAAACCUGUUCUCCUUCUACCUGAAUAUAACACUGUGUGUGUAACCGAGAAUAAAGAAAAUCGCACUA